UUGUUAGAAAUUGGAGUAGGCUUGACAGGAUGUGGUGCAUUGUUCAUGGCAAUGGGAGUAAUGCUCAUGCUUGAUGUUGCGCUGAUGGCCUGCGGAAAUUUAAUGAUUGUACUGGGGAUUAUAACGACGAUUGGUCCCAGAGGAGCAUUUGAAUAUUUUAGACGAUCCGAUAGAUGGCUUGGAUCGAUUUUAUUUUUAAGCGGAAUUUUUUUGAUCCUAGUCAAGUUUCCUUUGAUCGGAUUUCUGCUUGAACUCUGUGGGUGCCUGAAAUUAUUUAGUAAUUCGUUCCCCACUAUCUUUGGCGUUUUGAAACAGUUGCCUUUUAUUGGUCCUAAACUUGCAAGAAUAGUUUUCUAA